GCAUGCAAGCACUCAAAAAAUCAAAAUAAUAUUCCCAGUUAUACAAAACCUACAACAUGCAAAUGUCAAAGCUACAUUGCAUAUUUAUUUUGAAGAGAAAGAUGAGAUAGAUUCCUUGUCAGACAUCCCAACUUACUGGCAUUUAUAUUUCCUGUGGCUGCAGCUUCCCUCGGCAUAAUGGCAUUCUGCAGCUGCAAUCACUAAGAGGAUAAUGCUAAGAGAACAAAGUCAUCAUAAUAUGAGGAGGCUUUGAUGGACACGAGGAAGGCAGAACUAAGAAGCAGAGAUGUGCAUGUGGCUGUGAUUCUUCUGCGUGUCAAAGAUACAGCCUUGUGUGUAUCACAGCCAAAGCAGUAGAGAACAAACCUCUCCAUGUCUCUUCUUAAGAACCUUCGCCUGUGACCUGUAGACUCUUGUCACCACAUACCGGCAGCAACUGCAGAGCCAAUGGGCAUCUCCUCAUCACUCCAUCAUCACAAGAUGGCAAACAAGGUGCAGAUUUGUAAGCCUCUCUUGGCCUUCCUCCAUCUUCUUCUCUUCUCUUCUCUUUUGAAUCCGUGGCAGUCUGUUUUUGAGUACUUUGUGAUGGAUUCUGCAUCUCGUUUUCAGUUUGUGUAUAGUCUUCUGCUUCAAAUGGAUGCAUUACAACCUCAGAGUCCACAAGGAAUUGGAACGGGAAAGGCAGCCAUCGGCUUGUCCGGUGAAAGAGUUUUUGGGGGAAAGCCGGACAAGAUCAAUGGCCAGAUCUUCCCACAAGAGGAUUUGUCUGGGAAAACAAGGGAACUCCACCAAGCCAAAGCAGACAUUAGCAGACGAAAUGAGACCAAGAAUUCUGCACAAAGGGAGAGGGAAAGGGCAGAAUCUGAAUUAUCUCAAGCGAGACUUAUGGCGAAAGAAUUGGCUUCCAGGAUCGAGGAGUCCAAUGCAAGGGCACGAGCUCAGAGAUCCGAGCUCCAACCAAUGAGGAAGAUGGAGAAAAGCCAAGAGGAUCUCGAGUAUGACUCGGUGUUGCAGGAGCUGGAUAAAGCGAAGAAGGAGCUGAGCAGACUGAAGCUCAAUGUGGCCUCUGCCAUGGAGGCGAAGACAAAAGCAGAGAAGGAAUCUGAAGCCUGUAGCUCGAAAGCAAUGGCUUAUUCACGCUCCGUGGCGGAGCUGAAGAAGAAGGUAGAUGAGGCCGACGAAGAGCAUGUGCUGGUGGAGCUCGCUCGCAUGGAAGCAGAAAGAGAAUUCCGAGAUACAGAAGCCCGGAGGGCGGCCGAGGCUGAUCAGUUUGCUAAGAGCAUCGAGAUUGCCAAGAAGAGAAUUAAGGAACUCCAAAGAGAACUCAAUCGCUCGAAGGAUCUCGAAAUGAAGCUUAGGAUAACCAAUUCAGACGUGAAUGUGUUGCAGGGUGAGAUGGAAUUAGUUCGAGCGAUGGAGAGAAGCUAUCAGACAGAUCUUGCAAGCAAAGCUAACAAGAAAAGAGAAGAAGAUUCUGAUGCAAAAACUGCACUGGAAUCAGCAGAAGCUGAAUUAAAAGCAGCCAAACAGGAGUUGGCUACAAUCAAGGAAGAAAGCUUUCAGUUCAUGAUCUCAAUGGAUCACAUCAGAGAAGAACUGAUGCGCACUGCAGCAGAGACCAGUGGGCUGAAGAAGUUAGAAAAGAGAGCUGAAACCAACAUCCAACACCUCAAUUCUAAGCUGUUAAAAGCCAAAUCCAAGCUCGAAGCUGCAACAGUUGCCGAGGAAAGGACUAAAGCAAUUGUUUCCAACCUAUCAGCUGCCCUCCAACAAAUGAAAACAGAAAUAGAGACUUCAAAGAAGGAGAAACAGCUGAUUGAUGAAGAAACUAAAAGUAUCAGGGAUGAAAUCGACAUGACAGACUCAGGAAUUAGAUCAGCCGAGGAAAGAUUAUAUACUUCCAUGGAAGAGCUUGAAGCAGCCAAAGCAUCAGAAGCUAUGGCACUCAGGAAGUUGAGUAAUGUAGCCCAUAGGACCAUGAGGAAUAGAGCCUUAUCAAUACCACAUAGCUCCACUGUGACCAUCUCAAGAAGUGAGUUUGAGUAUUUGGGUCAGCAAGCAGCUGCAGCUCAAGUGGUUGCAACAAAAAAGGUGGAGGCUGCUCAGGCAUGGGUUGAAGCAUUAGCAGCUGAAGAGAAGGAGAUACUGAUGAAGGCCGAGUUCAUUGAAAAGGAGAUCAAAAGGUCCAGAACAGGGGAAGUGAUGGAGCUCCACAAGACACAGAAAUCAUCAGCUGUGGAAGAAGAGCCAAAUGAACUGGGACACAGUGAAGAAGAAGAGGAGAGUGCUGUGCCUGCCAAACCAAGAAAAUCCACUAGAGAAAAUGGGAUGGCAGCAUCAUCAAGAAGAAUCACAGUCAGAAGGCUUUCAACCUCAUCUGCAACCCGAAAUGCUCGCUCCCCAUCGUUUACCAUCAAGAAGAGAAAGAAGGUAAUGCCCAAUCUACUCAAGUUUCUUGGUGACAGGAGAAACAGGAAGCAGAAGGUAUAGUUGUGCAGUGUGUGAAGAAAGCAUGUUGGUAAAAUAAGAAGAACCAUAUGUAAUUGUUUCUGUUGUUUUGUAUUUUGACUUUUUGUUUUCUUCUUGUCAAACUCCAUAAGUGCCAAAUCUUGGAGAACAUAUUAUUGACUACAGAAAGAGGAAUGCCUAAACCAUGUUGUUGUUA